AUGAAGCCCAUCCCUGAUCCCUUUGCACCGUUAUCAUUCAUCCUCCACAUCAUCAUGAUGCUGAGCUGAGACCACCCUGUUCCUCUUCCUAUUGCUUCUGUACCUGACUAGACUUCCCUUCCUUUUCAUCACACACCAAACGCAACCAUUUCCCCCUUUUCGAAAUUACAACCCCUCUCUUCUCUUCCUCAAUUUCCCCUUCUUUUUAUUCCAUCACUUUACCGUCACCCCUCUCUCUCUCGAUUCAUCCUUUCAUUUCGCCGGUCAUUCAAAUCUGCAAAUAGCGUAUUGAGGCGGCAUACGGAUAGGGUAAGUGUUAAUUUCGAGGAUUAUGGAACGACGAGGCGUGAUUGAAUGAAGCUAAAGGCUUAGGUAUGGAUGAAGAAUUGGUUGCUGGGCCCACAGAAUUAGAGAUUGACGAGGAUUCAGAGCACCAGGGCAAAGAAGAUAGGUAUGCGUUAAACACAAAAAUCUUAAAAUCUCAAGAAAUCCCUAGAGCUGUUAAGGGGGAAUAUGAUGAACUCGUACAAGGUAAAAACGUUGCAGAAGCAUCACAGCAUCCGCAUCAAAGCCUUUUUAGGGAUGUUGAAGAAUUAACUGUGAAAAGUUACAAUGGUUCUACUUUGGAUAUUGGUACAUCCAGCAACCGACAGCAGAUUUAUAAUAAUAAGCAGAAUCGUUGGCUGAAUCUUUCUCAGGUAGGGAGCCAUUCAGGGCUUGGAAACGCUGUCCAGGAGGAUGCUGAUGCUGCUGGGUCCACAUCUUUUGCACAGCUACUAGCUAGAAAAUCACUCAGUGAUGGUCACACCAAUGUUAUUGAACGCUUGGAAGAUUAUGAGAAUAAAGAGAUUGCAGCUGAUGUUCAUGGACAAAUUCGGACGAAAAUUAUAUCCAAUUCUGGAUUUGCUGAGUAUUUCAUUAAAAGUACCUUGAAGGGUAAGGGUAUCAUAUGUAGAGGUCCAUCUUCUGAUGUGCUCGCCGUUCAGUCUAGAGAUAAAAAUCAGAUGAAGACUGGCACUGAUACUGAUCAGAAACCAAGGAAGACCGCCAUUGAUAUCGGUGAGAAUAAGAUGAAAGCUGGCAUUGGUACAGAUCAGUAUCAGAAGACUGGCAGCGAUAGUCCGUGGAAGUCUACCAUAUCGGCAAGCUGUGAUUCCAUAACUGCAAAGUGUCCUUCUUAUAGUAGUUCUGUGCAUAGACCAGGAGGAUUUGGCUAUGGUGGUGUAACUUUGAGAGAAUGGUUGAAAUGUGAACAACACAAAGCAAGCAAAGUGGAGUGUUUGAAUUUAUUUAGAAAGAUUGUGGAUUUAGUGGAUGAUUCUCACUCUCAGGGAACUGCAUUGAACAACCUAUAUCCAUCUUACAUAAAAUUAUUACCAUCAAACCAAGUCUUGCACAUCGGGUUACCUAUACAAGAGCAGAUGUCAGAUAGUGUUGUGAAUUCUGAAGUUCUUCACUUAAAUGAAUCUUUAAGUAGUAAAAGGCUGUCAGAGCAAGUAACAUUUCCUUCUCAUGACAUGGUGUCAAAGAAACAAAAAUUUAAUGAAGGUGUGAGAAUAUCUGGGAGUGAUUCAUGUCUUGAAAAUGCCAGUGAUAGAAAAGCCCGUACAGUUGGAUCACAGGAUUAUUGCAAUGAAUAUGAAGAGGAUAUCCAAUAUUCCAAAUAUAAUAUUAGGAGGAUGUCUAGCGUCCCUCGCGUAUCCAGUGCAGGUCGGUCACUGUUAUCUUUAGGUGAAAAAUUGGAAGAAAAAUGGUAUGCAAGUCCUGAGGGGGGAUGCACAACAUCAUCAAAUAUCUACUGCUUAGGUGUCCUCCUUUUUGAGUUACUCGGCCAUUUUGACUCUGAAAGAGCUCGAAUUGCAGCAAUGUCUGAUCUUCAACAUAGGAUUCUUCCUCCGGUUUUCCUUUCAGAAAAUCCUAAGGAAGCUGGCUUUUGUCUCUGGUUGCUGCAUCCGGAACCGUCAUCACGUCCAACAACUAGGGAAAUCCUACAAUCUGAAGUGAUCAAUGGAUUGCACGAGUUGUAUAAUGAGGAGUUGUCAUCAAAUAUUGAACAAGAUGAUGUAGAAUCAGAACUGUUACUGCAUUUCCUUGCCUCGUUGAAAGAGAAGAGGCAGAAGGAUGCCUCCAAAUUAGUAGAAGAAAUUAAGUGUUUGGAAUCAGAUAUUGAGGAGGUGGAGAGGAGGCAUGACUCUUCGGAUCCAUCUGACUCACUGAAUAAUUACUCUUGUCAGAGAAAGAUUGGAGAGGAACCUCUUAGUUUAGAAAUGCUAAACUCAGUAUCCAUAAUGUCCAAUUCAAAUGAUUUAAGAUUGUUGAGAAAUAUGUGUCAUCUUGAAAGUGCUUACUUCUCCUUGAGAUCCAAAGUUAGGCCCUAUGAAACAGAUGCUGCAACUCACCCUUAUAAUAAUUUACUAAGAUGCCGUGAGAACUGGCAUGUGGCACAAAAAGGUGGGGAACAUGCUGAAAAGAAAGAUUCUUUAGGAACCUUCUUUGAUGGUUUGUGCAAGUAUGCACGUUAUAGCAAGUUUGAAGUACGGGGUGUACUUAGAAAUGCAGAUUUUAAUAAUCCUGCAAAUGUAAUAUGCUCUCUGAGCUUUGAUCGGGAUGGAGAUUACUUUGCUUCCGCUGGAAUAUCCAAGAAAAUAAAAGUCUUUGAUUUUAAUGCACUUUGCAAUGACUCUAUUGAUAUCCAUUAUCCUGUAUUUGAGAUGUCAAAUGGAUCGAAGCUCAGCUGUGUUUGCUGGAAUAACUAUAUCAAGAACUAUCUUGCCUCCACAGACUAUGAUGGUGUAGUGAAGCUAUGGGAUGCUAGCACAGGUCAAGUGUUCUCUCAGUUAACUGAACAUGAGAAAAGGGCAUGGUCUGUUGAUUUUUCUCCAGUAUGCCCAACAAAGUUAGCCAGUGGAAGUGAUGAUUGCUCUGUCAAACUGUGGAACAUCAAUGAGAGAAACUCUCUAGGCACAAUCGGGAAUGUUGCUAAUGUCUGCUGUGUUCAAUUCUCUGCUCAUUCUUCUCACUUGCUGGCUUUUGGAUCUGCCGAUUACUCUACAUAUUGCUUUGAUAUUCGCAAUCUUAGAAGUCCCUGGUGUGUAUUGGCUGGGCAUCGUAAAGCUGUGAGCUAUGUCAAAUUUUUAGACUCUGGAACACUUGUUUCUGCAUCUACUGAUAAUACAUUAAAGAUCUGGGAUCUCAGUAAAACCUCUCCUGUGGUUCCAUCUGCCAGUGCUUGCACCCUAACGUUGUCAGGGCAUACUAAUGAGAAGAAUUUUGUGGGUUUGUCGGUUGCUGAUGGAUAUAUUGCAUGUGGUUCAGAAACAAAUGAGGUUUACUCCUACUAUAAAUCGCUUCCCAUGCCAAUCACUUCGCACAAGUUUGGGUCUAUUGAUCCCAUAUCUGGUAAGGAUACUGAUGAUGACAAUGGCCAGUUUGUUUCAAGUGUGUGCUGGAAAGGGAAUUCGGACAUGCUUAUUGCAGCAAAUUCAAGUGGAUGUAUAAAAGUGUUGCAGAUGAUUUAAAGGAAAGUUAGCCUUUGAUGAUUGCUCUCUUACAGCUUGCUCCGAAGUUUUGUCCCUGCUGCUCAAGCCGAUGCCUUCAAUGACUUGAGGAACGCGUCCAAAGUUCUUCUGAGAUAUUGAGCUCGGGUUCACAAUUUGAUGUGGAAGGGAUUGAAUUUCCCCAUAACUGGAUGGAGAAGCUGAUCUGCUAUCUAAUUCCAGGUCUUGGGUUCAUCUUGAUGAGGAAACUCGGGGUUUCAUAAUUUCACAUCGUCAAAUGGGAAAGGCCAGUUAAAUAUUGAAUGAUCAAUCUUUAAAAGCGGAUCCAACAUGAAAAAGAAAAAGACUUCAGAACUGGAAGGCCGGGUGCUGAGUUUCUUCUAAAGCUAAAGAAUGUACCAUGUUGUCUGCAAAUUGCUUAUUGGAGCCUUUGUAAAUUGCAUUGCGGUCCUUUACAGCUUUACAGGCUUGUAGGAAUAAAUGAUUGUUUAUCAUCAAAACAUAAAAGCUGCUUCAUUACCAUGAAAGGAAAGCAUCCCCAGAAUUUCAAUUGUAACCCAACCAGUGGCGGCCUCAGCACCCCUCCUCCAGCGGUUGUAUAUAUAUUAAAGUAGCAUAGACCGACAUGAUGAUAUCUCAAAUAGAAAUAAGUUUCAUAUAUAUAAGGUUUAAUGAUGGAGUUGCUAAACUAA